AAUGUACUGUAGAGAUUAAUUAUUAAUUAUAGUGGUAACAGUGGCAACUAGGCGGUAAAUACAUAGUGCUUGUUGAUAGUUCAAUCAGUAAAUAUUCAGAAUAAUGCAAGCAAACUUGACUUUUUAAAUGCCUGAGGACUACAUAAUAAUAUAGAUAUAACCAUUGGAUAAGAAAUAAUUAGAUGAUAUAGCAUAAUCUUCAGAAUAAGUGAGCGCUAUCCCGCAUAUUCUACAUAUUCUCCAUGGUAGAUCUAGAAACGUCGAUGCCUGGUGCUGGGGUUCUUUGUACGUGGUUGUAAUCACGAGGUGGAGCUUGCUUAAUGUUCCUAUUUUGAUCUUAAUUCGAAGUGUUUAUCAGUGUUUAAUAUAUCGUGCACAGAGCGUGUUGAAACAGUUCCAAUUAAGAAUACUGUAAGAAAUGUUGGUUGUGUUAAUUACAAUUGUAAUCUUAUGCCUGUACGUAAUUCUAUUAUGGAUGAAUCAAAUGAAAUAUCGUAAGCAGUUGGCGCAAUUCCCGGGGCCCAAGCCUUUACCCCUACUAGGAAAUUUGUUGCUACUUAAAUCGACUGCAGAUGUUGUUCCGGUAUCGAUGCGUGUGUGGAAAGGGAUCCUGGGAUCAUUUAUAGUAUAUUUAGGUCCUCAACCACGGCUCGUAGUUUGUGACCCAAAAACAGCAGAGUUUGUACUCAGCUCAACAUCAAUCAUUGACAAAUCGUACGAAUACAGUUUUUUCCACGAUUGGCUUGGAACAGGAUUAUUAACUAGCACCGGGCAAAAAUGGAAAUCGCAAAGAAAAUUACUAACACCAGCGUUUCACUUUCAAAUACUGGAAAAAUACAUUAAAAUAUUCAAUCGUCAAAGUAAUACAUUGAUAGAUAUGCUCAAACCGAAGGUGGAAAACGGUCCGUUUGACGUAUUUCCAUUGGUUACACUCUGCACGCUUGAUAUCAUUUGUGAGGCCGCAAUGGGAGUGCAAAUAAAUGCUCAAAAAAAUUCGACAUCCUCGUACGUAUUGAGCGUCAAGGAAAUGUGCCGUAUUAUUACCGAACGAGCAUUGUCAGUAACUAAAAUGAUACAUUUUCUGUAUAAAUUUACCUGGGCGUAUCAACAACAACGCAAAGUCCUUUCAAUUUUGCAGGGAUUCACAAAUUCCAUAAUUCGAAGUAGGAAAUCAACGUUUACAGGGCGCACGUUGCAUGAGCGAAGUGAUGAGGGACUUUCAAAACGUGUUGCAUUUUUAGAUCUUCUUUUGGAGUAUAAUUUAAGCGAUGAAACAGUCAGAGAGGAAGUGGACACAUUUAUGUUUGAGGGCCAUGAUACAACGGCUGCUGGCAUCAGCUUCACUUUGUAUUGUCUUGCCAAGCACCCAGACGUACAACGGAAAGUGGUCGAGGAACUGAGACGAAUUUUUUACUGCGAUAAGGAUAGAGCGCCUACGUACAAAGACGUGCAAGAAAUGAAAUACUUAGAAAUGGUUAUUAAAGAAUCUUUAAGAUUGUAUCCUCCUGUUCCCUCAUUUUCAAGAGUCUUAACGCAAGACGUGCCGUUUGAUGAGUCACUAUUGCCAAAAGGACUGGUUUUGACAUUAUACCCCUUGCUUCUGCAUAGAGAUCCUACAUCUUUUCCUGAUUCUGAAAAAUUCGACCCGGAUCGCUUCUUACCGGAAAAUUCGGCAACUAGGUCGCCUUACGCUUACGUUCCUUUCAGUGCAGGUCCCAGAAAUUGCAUUGGUCAGCGUUUUGCAAUGGUAGAACUAAAAUCCACAAUAUCAAACAUCUUAAGAAACUUCGAAAUUCUUCCCGUCGCCGGCCAUGAGCCAGAACUAUCGCUUGAGGUUAUUUUGAAGUCGUAUAAUGGUUUACGUAUUCAAUUAAAAUCGCGAACCUUUUUACUUGUAAUAAUAAUCGUCGUAAGUUCAUUGAUUUGUUGGUUUAUCAAAUUAUGGCUUGAGCAGUUAAAAUACCGCAGGUACUUGUCACCGUAUUCAGGUCCAAAGCCUUUGCCUCUACUAGGAAAUGUCUUGCUGUUCAAAUCACUUGCAGAUUUCGUACCGAUAACAAAACGUCUGGCUGAGGAAUUCGGGAAAUCAUUUAUUUUGUUUUUCGGUCCUAAACCCCGGUUACUUGUUGGUGAACAUGAGACGGCGGAGUUUUUACUCAGCUCCAAAACGAUUAUAGAUAAGUCAUAUGAGUAUAGUUAUUUCCACGAUUGGCUGGGAACGGGGUUAUUAACGAGCACAGGCCAAAAAUGGAAAUCACGUAGAAAAUUACUAACGCCCGCCUUCCAUUUCCAAAUACUGGAUAAGUACAUUGAUGUAUUUAAUAAACAAGGCCACAUUUUAGUAGAGAAGCUUAAAGAAAGGGCGGAUUCAGGUCCUUUUGAUAUAUUUCCAUAUGUGACCCUUUGCACACUUGAUAUAAUCGGUGAAACAGCAAUGGGGGUGCAGAUAAAUGCGCAAACGGAUUCCACGUCUUCGUACGUGUGGAGUGUAAAGCAAAUGUGUCGUAUUAUACUAGAAAGGACUGUAACACCAUUAAACAUGAUCAACGUAAUCUAUAAACUAACUCCGACGUAUCGACUACAGAAAAAAGCUAUUUCAAUUUUGCAUGGUUUCACGAAUUCUGUAAUUCGAAGUAGGAAAGCGAAUUUUACAAGAACUAUCUUAAAUGGUGGUAACGACGAAGGACUUCUGAAGCGUGUAGCGUUUCUCGAUCUUCUUUUACAGUACGAUUUAAGCGACCAGUCAAUUAGGGAAGAAGUCGAUACAUUUAUGUUUGAGGGUCACGAUACAACUGCUUCAGGGAUUAGUUUUACUCUGUAUUGCCUUUCAAAGCAUCCUUAUGCACAGGUUCAAGUAGUAGAAGAAUUGCGAACCAUUUUUAGCGGCGAUAAAAGCAGAGAGUCAACUUACCAGGAUCUACAAGAAAUGAAAUAUUUGGAAAUGGUCAUUAAGGAAUCUAUGAGACUGUAUCCUCCUGUCCCUCUAUUUUCAAGAAUUUUAAACGAAAGCGCUUCGUUCAAUGGGGCACUGCUACCUCAAGGAUUUGUUUGCGCCUUAUAUGUUCUACAGUUACACAGAAAUCCCGAUAUUUUUCCCGAUCCUGAAAAGUUCGAUCCGGAUCGAUUUCUUCCCGAAAAUUCAAAAUCCAGGCCUCCAUACGCUUACGUUCCUUUCAGUGCGGGUUUAAGGAAUUGCAUCGGUCAGCGGUUUGCAAUUCUGGAAAUGAAAGCAACAAUUUCGAAGAUCUUGAGAAAUUUCGAAAUUUUACCCGUUCCUGACCACGAACCACAACUGUCUAUUGAAGCUAUUUUGAAGUCGUACAAUGGUUUACCUAUUGUAUUAAAAGCCAGAAGCUUUUAGAUUCUUAUUCCCCUUAUGGUUAAAAGAAGUGGGUCUGAUAUUAAAAGUUUUACUUUUACAUUAACAUUUCUAUUUACACCCAAUGGUCUAAAUAUAUAUUGUAACAAACUUAUUUGAGAGGUGUAGGAGUAGGUAGAUGUUAUUGUAUUGUAAACAAGUGCUUUACUGUGGUUAAAUAUGUUAGUUGAAGAUUUGUUCAUGUUUUUGUGAACUCUCUUUCAGGUUCUCAAUUACACCCUCUUAAACAAA